UUUGCCUUCGCAGUGCUGUGAGCUCAGUUGGAAAGGGGCGGCUAGUUUCGAUUACUUGUCACGUUAUAAACAUCUGUGAACAGUCAGCUGAAUUCUUGACAUAGGAUGUGAAGUUGUGUUUCUCGCAAGCAUUUGUUAAUGGCAGCAUAUUUUGAUUAUGGGUAAUUCACUAACAAGGUUAAUCCCUGGUAACAGGACACGAAAGAGAAAGCGGGCAGACGACACUUUCGAAAAAUCUUCCGACGACUCCUCCAAUGAUGAUGGAGAUUCUUUAUCAGAAUCCGAUUCUUCACCUGCUCGCAAAUCCAGAACAGUCGACAUACACACGCCAAAAAGGAAGCAUAUCAAGUCCACUUCCAAGUAUAUCUAUGAGACUCUGUUUAUGAAGGGUGAAAACAGUGAUGUAACCAUCCGAGCACUUGGUAGAGACUGGCAUCUACACAAACACUACCUCAAGCAGUCCGGUUACUUCUGUGGCAUGCUGAGUGGUUCAUGGAGGGAAUCCAGCCAGGAUGUCAUACAGCUGGACAUACCAGACAACAAUGUUGAUGAAAAAGCUCUGAAGACGGCCCUGGGCUGUCUGUAUAAAGACGAUGUGGUCCUGAAGCCAGUCGAUGUCAUCGGAGUAUUGGCAGCUGCUACUCUCCUGCAGAUGGAUGGUCUGAUCAAACACUGCACAGAGUUCAUGAAAGAAACUAUCAGUUCCAGCACAGCAGUGACGUACCAGGCUGCCAGUCAGAUGUACUCCCUCCCCGACGUUGCUGCCUUCUGUCAGGGCUGGAUGCUGCACAAUGUCAUGGCACCCAGUAACCUGGCUAUACUCAAGGAUAUCAGUGAGGAUCUGAUGCCGACGCUGGUGAGUUCUGGGGAGCUGUGGGUGCUGCAGGUGGAGAUGGAUCUCUACACGCUCCUCAAGAAGUGGAUAUUCCUGAGAAAUAAUCUUACCUGGUCUGGGCGUCGUUGUCAACUGAUGUCCUGUGUUGAUGCCUUUUUCAAGCAACUGACAGGAGAUGAGUGUUACCUGGAGAGCAGUGACGGCAGGAAAUAUAUCAAGUCAUUUGAAUCUCUACGUUGGCAGUAUGUGGUUAAUGAUAUUGCUUCACUCCGGCUUAUUGAAGCUGACCGAAUCAUUCCCAAAGCCUGGCUGACUUCAAUAUAUAGGUUUCAGUGGCAUCAGCUGCUUCAUGUGGAACAAGGGCUUGACAAGGGGCCCCAGGAUGUGGAGGAGCAGGUGUUUCUGGCCAGAGCCAUGAGAUGUGGGCGGGUGCUGCCAUCCAAUGAAGAGUUUUGCUGGCGAUGGGUUGGCUACAGCUAUGGUAUUGACGGUCUUAUCACCUAUAAAAGCAGAUUAAUUUCCUUGAUGAGAAACAACUCCUCCAGCCUCAACUACCCCGGGUCUGUCAGCCUGCAGCCACAUAGGUCAAUGUACAUCAGACUCACAGCUUCCAACAUCAACGAACAUGGUUGUGUCAUGGCCACCAAGUCCACCGGCAUCAAGAAGAUCAGUCUCGACAAAAAUGAGUCAGUGGUAUUGUUGAACUUGGAGAACGGCUUCAAAUUCCCCCUGUACAUCACCGUCUGCAGCCUGAUGACCACGCCCAACCCUGCCCUCUCAGUCCCCCGCCUGGACGUCAAACUAUACAACAGCGCCACCUGCCAGGCACACAGACGGAAUACUCGAGAACAGGACAAGCCUGACACUAUCGCCUCAAACAACAUCGAUGACAUGGAUCAGUCUUAUGAUCAUCUUAGCAACAGCUGUCAAACUGACCACAACAGUAAUGAUGAAUCUCAGCCCUCGCAAUCUCUUAGCCCCCAAGCUGAAAGUUUGCUGGCUUACUUGAGGAGGAGUAAGUCCAGUAGCCCUACAGAGUCUCCUGACACUGACAGAUAAUAAUCAAGGAUUGUGUGUGUCACUGAUUGGCUUAUGUACCAUAAAUAUACUAAUCAGGACAUCUCACAUUUCUGGGAGAAGGGAUUGGGAGAGGUUAGUAUUCGAAAUCCUAAGAAAUUUCAAUGGAUACCUUUAGUUUAUCUGCAAUAUUGUAAGACAAUUUUUUCUGUUUUCUUGAUUCUUUCUAAGGAAGGGGGAAUUCUCCUGAAAUAAUACUUUGGUUUGUUUUGGAGAUUUUCUAAAUCAAAUGACAUGGAUAAGUGUAUUUGACAAAAAAUGUUUUGAAAUUGUUUCAUUAAGUAUUUUAAGUAAAUCAAAAUUUAAAGGUAUUAUGAUUUUGAACAUUAUGUUUUGAGUUUUGGUUUAAUUUAGAGUCUGCAAUUUUGUAAAUGAAGAUAUUUAGUGUUGACUUGUUGGAGGUUGGCCACAAACAAAUGUUACUGCUGCUAUAGUGUCGGUCUCCAGAAUCUCAAUGUAUCAAAAAACACUCUCUUGAGGAACCAUCACAUCCAGACUGCUUUUUGAAUUAUGACACAUGUUUAGGGUUAUUAUGUAUUUUGCCUGUCAUAUUUCAAAUUACGACAGUGCUCAUUUCUAAGUUUCCCUGUUCGUGUAUAUUCAGUGCACUGGCCAUUUUUGAGGGAACCAAUUUGGGUCUACCUUUAGAAUCCAACACCAUGAAGUUUACAAACACAUCACAAUGCAUAAUGACAUAAUUUGUGAGGUUUUGUUGCCAGAUGAAACCGUGCCCAGUGAUGUCAGCCUAACAACAGUAAAUAGUUGCUUCCCUCAGUAGUGCAGAUACACUUAACUUGAAAUUUUAGAUUCACUGUUAUUGAUAAUAUGAUACACGGCAUGUCAGCACCAUAGCUGUGCUCCCUGGUUUCACCAUAUGGUAAAUGUCUGUAUCCUGUCUUGGUGAUUCCUGACAAGAAUAUAGGUCAGCAGCAACGUACGCUUGUUGUAAGAGGUGACUAAAUGAAUAGGGCCGUCAGUCUUGGUGAUGUGGUUGAUAGCAUGUCAUUGUAACCCAUUUGUGUGGAUCAAUGUGCAUGGGGGCACGGGUGGCCCAGUCGUCUAAGGUGCCGCAAUUCGCUGUGCAGAGUUGCGUCCCUUGGGCACGUCAAA